CCUUGAUAGUGAGGGUCGGCCACUACGCCAACUGUAGAUGGUCAUUUUAUGAUCACGCCAGUAUCUAACAGCAACUUCCAAGCAAUCCCUACGGUUUUCACCCGAGCAAAAACCUGGGGUUCACUUCCUCUCGCCCUCAAAAGCUUAGCGCGUUGUCACGGGUUCCUCGUGGGUCUCCCCCAAUAAGACUCCUGCUAGCUUCUCAGACCUUUCAUAUUCGACCAUUCUCUGAGGACCAUGUGGCCCGACACGCCAAGCGACCACCCUUUCAGCAAGGUACCUUGCCCUUACGGUGAUAAGUGUCAGCCAUCAUUCUGUAUGUUCAGCCAUGAGGAUUGCCUGCUCCCGGCAGCCCUAUCUGUCCAUCCGCCAUCCCUACAUGUCAAUCCGCAAGCCCUACCUGUCACCACCAGCAACACAUUAUCUUGCGAGGAAGGCCCACGAGCCAAACGCCUGAAACUAGGAGUUAGCCAAGCACCAAUUAGGACCGCAAGCCAAUCGAGUCUCCUUUCGUCACUAGUUCCGAGACAGAUCCAACCUGCUGUCAAACAGGAUGCAGUCAAGCAGGACGCACUUAAACAGGGCGCAGUCAAACAGGACGCACGCAUCAAGAACAAUGCCUUACUGCAGACAAAAGUCAGCAGCCCUGCCCAGAUACCAGUCGCUGAUACAGUCCAAGCUCUGCAACCACGGAAACUAGCCCGAGCUCCAGUGCAGCAUAGGAAGAGGCUACAGCUUUUGCAAUUGAUGCGCCAAAACAUGAAUCGUCUGAAUAAAGAGGUCUCAAAGAGCACCGACGCUGGAAUAAGAGCCCUAGGAUUGAGCGACAAUCAACUCAACAAGCUGACCGUUGAUGAAGAGUACCUCAUAGCCACACAAAACGGGUCGGUCUAUGAGAAUGUGGCGAAGAAUCGAGUGUUUGAACUCCGAAAGAUGACCGUCGACGACUGGGUUAAGGAACGGAGAGAGUCCAUUUCCAAAGGGAAAGGGGGAAAGGAGGUAAAGAAGGAAUGGACAGAGCUAGUUGAUACAGGGUUGAAUGCCAAAGAGGAGGUAAUUUUCCUCUCUCACCUACAUGCACAACAGCCAACACCGUUGGAACAUGAUGGCUAUGUCACAAAGCAGAUAUCUGAUGCGGAUCUCGAAGAGGGACACGCUCUCAUGAGUGGCUCAUUUCAUAACCUCGUGUCGUGCGAUCGAUGUAGCACGCGAUUCCAGGUCUUUGAACAGAGGGAAGGGAAAGAAGGCGCACUCACAAGUGGGGGUAUAUGCACCUAUCAUUGGGGAAGGAAACGCGGUUCCCGAUUCACCGGAGAACAGAACAUGACAUGUUGUCAGCAGCCUGCGGGAUCUCCUGGAUGCACUACCCAUAUGACGCAUGUCUUCAAACUGUCAGAGGAUAAGAAGCGUCUUGCGACGAUCAUGCCCUUCGUUGAGACCCCACCAAACGACAAGGCUAAUCCGCACACCGCAAUCUGCUUUGAUUGCGAGAUGGGCUACACGACAAAGGGCAUGGAGUUGCUACGGCUGACAGCCAUCUCCUGGCCAACCUACGAGCGCAUUAUCGACGUACUGGUCCACCCACAAGGACAGAUUCUCGAUCCGAACACGCGCUUCUCUGGAAUCCGCCUGGAGCAGUUCAACAAAGUCCCCACCCUCCGUCCAAACUUACCCCCCGACCCCUCGAAUCUCGAUGUCGUUGCCUCACUCUCUGCUGCUCGCGAUCUCCUGCUCUCGUACAUAUCUCCUACAACGCCUCUAAUUGGUCACGCACUCGAGAACGAUCUUAAAGCCAUCCGCCUGAUCCACCCAACCUUCAUUGAUACUGUCUUGUUAUAUCCGCACAGGGAUGGCCUCCCUGCCCGCAACUCGCUCCGAGGGCUCACGGAGCAGCACUUAAAGAUGAAAAUCCAACAAGCGGGUGCUGCAGGCCACGACAGCUUCGAGGACGCUAAAGCAGCUGGCGAACUGGUGCGGUUGAGGAUCAAAAAGGAGUGGAAGGCCUUGAAGGCUGAGGGAGGGUGGAGGAUUACAGAUGAUGGCGUUAUUCAUGAUCAGGUGCCCACAGUUGCACCGAAGGGACCAAAGAGCGCAGUCAAGCGGAAGUGGGGUGUCGGCCCCCAAUACGAUGGAGCGUGCAAUGAGGAUGAUGAGAAGAUAGAGGACGGCGAGGACGAGAACUUGUGA